AUGCGAUCAGCAGGGACUCCUUUUGAUGACAUCCUCCCACUAGAUCAACUUCGUUCUCUGGCUCACAUUAUCCCCCGCUUUGGCUGUGUUGCCGAUUCACGUCUAACAGCGGAAAACAGUGCUCAUUUUGCUCAGACGUUCUUCUUGAACAAAUACAUUGACAAGGACUUCUACUAUGCUAUCUCAAACUCCGAGCCGUAG